AUGUGUCGCGCAGCAGAUCCUACGGUACUUUUAGAUAUUCGACCAAAUCCCCGACAACCAGCAGCAACAAUUAUGUUUCCCACCACCUCCCUUCUCAUCGCCCUCCUCCCCCUCCUCACAGCCGCCGACCCAUUGGCUUACCCAGCUCCAGAUAACCCCUUCUUUACCUACAAGCCCCUAACGCUCACCUUUCACGGCGGCCCAGCCACCUACGACCUCGCCUUCCGCGCUGACGGCAACACCUACUCAGUCUCGAACCCUCUAGCCGUCAGCGAGAUCACCGUAACGCCAGCCGACUUCGACAUCUACUACAGCUGCAACUUCUACUUCAAAGACGACGGCGGCAAGCAGGUUGCUGUGACGCGAGACGCAGAUGGCAACGGCGUGCAUGUCGGCCCACCCAGGGCGGUGACGGGCGUGAGUUGUCAGCCGACGGGAGAUCAGGGCAUUUGUUUGCCGGUCUAUGCUACUUGCCAGUGGUGCGGUGGCAUGAACGGACAGGGCGGAUGCCGUCUUCUCAACUGCUGCAGUGGCUACUGCGCCGCUACCAAGUGCCGCAAGACUUCUUGA